UUACUGUCACGAAUCUUCUCGUCAUGGCAGAGAAAUAACGAGAUCAUGCAUAAGCUGAAAUCGUCGCAAAAAGACAAAGUACGGCAAUUUAUUGCCUUCACUCAGUCUGGCGAGAAAACUGCUAUCAACUGUCUGACAGCCCACGACUGGAAACUGGACGUCGCGGUGGACAACUAUUUCCAGUUCCCCGAACGCUACAACAGAGAGCCAAAAGGGACGAUAGACAGAAAGAAAAUAGAGCAAAUAUUCAAUAGAUACAAAGAUCCCCAUGAGGAAGAUAAAAUCACAGCAGAAGGAAUGCUCAAGUUCUUAGAAGAAUUAAAUCUUAACCCGGAGAGCCGAGUGGUUUUAGUCUUAGCCUGGAAGUUUCACGCAGCAGUGCAGUGCGAGUUUACAAAAGACGAGUUUAUCAAUGGAAUGACCGAUUUAGGGUGUGAUAGCGUAGAACGUUUAAAACAUAAAUGCCAGAGUCUGGAAUUGGAGAUCAGAGAUCCUGCAAAAUUCAAAGAUUUUUAUAAUUUUACUUUCAAUUAUGCCAAAAAUCCAGGUCAAAAAGGUUUAGACCUGGACAUGGCAAUAGCAUACUGGAACAUUGUGCUCUCAGGAAAAUUCAAAUUUUUAGACCUUUGGGUACAAUUUUUACAGGAACACCAUAAAAGAUCCAUCCCUAAAGACACCUGGAAUCUGCUGCUAGACUUCAGUAACAUGAUUGCUGAUGACAUGACUAAUUAUGAUGAGGAAGGGGCGUGGCCAGUGCUCAUAGAUGACUUUGUAGAAUUUGCUCGACCGCAGCUUGAUGGGGGACACAGGAGUACUACAGUAUAACACUCUGGAAUCCCCUCCUAGAAUAUUGACUGAAUCCUACUGGAAUCCUUUAUAAUGGCAGAUCCUUUCAUACAAUCAAUAAUCAUAAUUGAUAAUGGACUUAGUUACCCCUGUGAAUGAAGCUCCGUGCCCCUUGAAGUCAGAAUGGCUGUGGUGGUGAAGACAUCAUGUCAACUGCAAAUUUUGUAGGAUAUUUUGCUUGUAAGGUACUUUAAAAAAAUUGCAAAGUUGGGCGAAUUGUAUGUGGAAAGAUCUAUGUGUGUAGAACUGAGUCCCAGGAGUUCAGGUGAUGAAGUAAACCACUGACUCAGUUCAGCUUUCACCAGCAGAUGUGUGACCAGUGCCAGUCUCCACACACAUGUCUUAGCACAUGUGAUAAUGAAGAACAGAACAUUUCUGUGAUACACAUGUACUCCAUUGCCAUCACGUGAUUUCUACUAGGCUUAGAGAAACCUAGGCUUAGAAAUGGGAAUGUGUUAGAGAAGCUUGGCUUGGAAACAGGAAUGUGCUAGAGAAGCCUUUGUUAAAGAGGAGGAAUAUGGUGUAAAGCAAAAUCAGCAGGGAAAUAAUGCUGUGUUGUGGAAGUCAUGAUAAGAAAGAGGAAUGAGAAUGUGCCAGAGGAAUGCAGUAGAGAAGCUGUGGUUGAGAUUGAAAAUGUGCCAGAGAACAUCAGCACAUUGAGAGCCCACUUCUCAGGAGACAGGUUUUAGCUAAUAGGUUCUGCAAGGCUUGUCCAUGAUUUCUGUAAAUUUCUCAUUUAUUGGCAGAUUUUGUAUAUACAAGACUGGCUUAUGGAAUUUGCAGCCAAAUGGUUAAAUAAAAGUAAAAUACAUUUACAA